AUGCGGCCCUGCAACCUUUUCGCCACUUUAACUCUUGCCCUUUCGGUGCACGCCAACACGGGCAAUAUCCAAAACCCCGACGCUUUAGCUGCUCGAUCCACGGUCGGUGGCGCCGGCAAUGAAUUCAACACAAACGGCUUUGCGAAUCACGGAACUGGCCAGCCUGCUGCCAACCAAAAAUCCGGUCCAGCCGGCCGCGGCCCUUCAAACCGUGCGGCUCACCGUGCUUGCCACCGACGGGGCGGUAAACUAGUUCCGCACGGGGCCGGCCGCCGACAGGGCGGCAAGCUGAUGGCGCGUGCCGCAGUCGACGACGAUGACGACGCCAAGUCUUGUGUGACCGAUGACGGUAAUAGCGGCUAUUAUCAGGAUUUCGGUGAUUUGCCAGGCGGGGGAUUUGACGAUCCCGGGACUGAUACUGAACCUACAGUCGUGGAUAAGUAA